UCGUUACAAUUCAACUCAAACUAACGGCAAACACGCGCAAACUAAUAACUAUAUAACUCACUCUUCAACCCUCCAACACCAUCAUCAUCAUUCACCCAUUUGUUUAACCAUGACCAACAAAUCAAGCGAUUACAAACGCGUAUUCAACCACUUCGACGAAGACAACAACGGCAUGAUCUCUUCGUUAGAGUUGCACCGUCGUCUUGGAAUGAUUUGCGGCGAAGAAAUAUUAAUCGAAGACGUAGAGUUUGUUGUUGAAUCGGUACAAAGUGAUGGAGAGUUAAGGUUUGAUGAUUUUUAUAGUUUGGUUGAAAGUGAGGAGGAUGAGAAGAUUGAGGAUUUGAGGAAAGCUUUUAGAAUGUAUGAAACGGAUGGAAGUGAUUGCAUUACUCCAAUGAGUUUGAAUCGGAUGCUGAGUCGACUCGGUGAGUCGAGAAGUGUUGAUGAGUGUGUUGGGAUGAUUAGACAAUUUGAUCUUAAUGGUGAUGGUGUGUUGAACUUUGAUGAGUUUAAAGCUAUGAUGCUUUGAAGUUUUAAGUUUAUAUGUUAUUGUUUUAGUAUAAAUAUAUUUGGUUAAUUAUUGA